GGCCCCGCCGUCCCGCGGUCCCCCGAGCGCCAGGCCCCCGGGGGGAGGGUGGGAGGGAGGGAGCAGGGCUGGUGGGCGGCAGCGGCGCACGGCGGGACCCACGGAGCCCCGCGACCCGCCGAGCCUGGAGCCGGGCCGGGACGGGGAAGCCGGCUCCAGCCCGGAGCAAACUUCGCAGCCGGGCGGGGGGUGGCGGGGACCCCGUCCGGAGCCGGAGGAGGGGGCGGCCGCGGGCCCUACCGCCUCUGCUCCCGCGUCUCCGGGCACCAUGCUGUCCAACUCCCAAGGCCAGACCCCGCCGGUGCUGUUCCCCAACCCGCCGCCGCCGCCGCCGCCGCAGCCCCCCGCCCCGGCCCAGCCUCACCCCCCGGCCCAGCCGCCGCCGCUGCCCCCGCAGCAGUUUCCCCAGUUCCAUGUCAAGUCGAGCCUGCAGAUCAAGAAGAACGCCAUCAUCGACGACUACAAGGUCACCACCCAGGUCCUGGGACUGGGCAUCAACGGGAAAGUUUUGCAGAUCUUCAAUAAGAGGACCCAGGAGAAAUUCGCCCUAAAAAUGCUUCAGGACUGCCCCAAGGCCCGCCGGGAGGUGGAGCUGCACUGGCGGGCCUCGCAGUGCCCACACAUUGUGCGGAUCGUGGAUGUCUACGAGAACUUGUAUGCGGGCAGGAAGUGCCUACUGAUUGUCAUGGAGUGUUUGGACGGUGGAGAACUCUUUAGCCGAAUCCAGGACCGAGGAGACCAAGCGUUCACAGAAAGAGGUAGAAAGGAAGCGUCAGAAAUCAUGAAGAGCAUUGGUGAGGCCAUCCAGUACUUGCACUCAAUCAACAUUGCGCAUAGGGAUGUCAAGCCUGAGAAUCUCCUAUACACCUCCAAAAGGCCCAAUGCCAUCCUGAAACUCACAGAUUUUGGCUUUGCCAAGGAAACCACCAGCCACAACUCUUUGACCACUCCUUGUUAUACGCCGUACUAUGUGGCUCCAGAAGUGCUGGGUCCUGAGAAGUAUGACAAGUCCUGUGACAUGUGGUCCUUGGGUGUCAUCAUGUAUAUCCUGCUGUGUGGCUAUCCCCCCUUCUAUUCCAACCAUGGUCUUGCCAUCUCUCCGGGCAUGAAGACUCGCAUCCGAAUGGGCCAGUAUGAGUUUCCCAAUCCAGAGUGGUCAGAGGUAUCAGAGGAAGUGAAGAUGCUUAUCCGGAACCUGCUGAAAACAGAGCCCACUCAGAGAAUGACCAUCACGGAGUUUAUGAACCACCCCUGGAUCAUGCAAUCAACAAAGGUCCCUCAAACCCCACUGCACACCAGCCGGGUCCUGAAGGAGGACAAGGAGCGGUGGGAAGACGUCAAGGAGGAGAUGACCAGUGCCUUGGCCACAAUGCGUGUUGACUACGAGCAGAUCAAGAUAAAGAAGAUUGAAGAUGCGUCCAAUCCUCUCCUUCUGAAGAGGCGGAAGAAAGCUCGGGCCCUGGAGGCCGCGGCCCUCGCUCACUGAGCCUCUGAGCCCAUCCCGCUCCAAUGGAGGACAAGCAAUAACUCUCGACCUGAAUAUAUUUUUUAAGCGAAGAGACACAGAACUGUCCACUUCCACCUCGCCUCCUUCUUGGCGGCGUGGAUCCCGGAACCCCGUCAGGGGCCGCGACCCACCUUGGUUCUGGCCACCUCAGAGAGGGAGAGGCUGGGAGGCCGGGAGGCUGGGGGCCGUGUGGAGAGAAGGGAGCAGGAUGCUCUUGACCCUGUGCUCAUUUUGAAAUUUUAUCAGUAAUUUGACUUAGAAUUUUUAUGAAACCUUUUACUGUUCUUUCCCCCACUUCUUCUCCUCUUACCCAGGCCCCUUCCUCUAUGGAUGUGUAAGGGUUCAGCGUUGGUUCAAGGGUAUUUGUGGAAACUGUUUUAGGGACUGUCCCUGUGUUGUCGCACCUGCCCUCUCUUUCCCCACUACAGCCUGAGGCCCCUGCUGGCCGAGGCAUUCUGGGAGCUCCCGGCCCUGUGGGGGGCCGGGGCCAGGAUGCCACCCACCUCUGCCGGAGCCCUCAGAUGUAACCAGUGUGCUAGACGGACAGGAGAGUGUGAUUGCGCGUGCGUGCGUUUGCGUCUGUGUGUGCACGUGUGCCCACACCUGUGUCUGGGACUGUGCAUUUGAGGGGCCCGGGGCAGGCAGGGCUGCAGAGAGAGGGGCCCUGCUGUGGCUCAAGAACCUUACCCAUCCUUGGGCCUGCCGUGCCCAUAUCGGGUCUGC